AUGUUCUUUGAGGAUCACCUCGACGAGGCCCUCAGCCGCGAGAACAGCCCCGACGGCGGCGUCUCCGCAGCGGACCCCCGCCACAGCCACGACACCGCCACCGCCAGCAGUCAACACGGCACCGGCACUCUCCUCGCAGCUCUCAUACAAGCCGCAGAGAACGAAAGAGCCGCGCCGGACAUUCUUCCAUACCCGGCCGCCAUCGUGGACGGUGUCGCUGCUCAGAUUGCAGCACAGAACGCGCAGAUUCGCAACGCAAAUGCGGAGGAGGCACGCAGUUCGUCACUACUGCCAUUCCGACCAUCAGAUCUUAUGGCACUUGAGGUGCAGCGGGCACAGUUCUUUCUCGCUGAGUUGCUGCGCCAACGUCUACGCAAGAUUGAAGCCCUCGCACCCGCCAUCGCGUAUGAGGCGCAGGCCGGUAUUGCCGCUCCUACACAACUCCGUUCACUCUUGUCACACAACGAAGUGAUCGUCGCUGAUCGUCUCGCAGAGUUGGCGGGGCGAUGCGCGAAACUCGCCGGACUGCAGGCGGCACCGCCAGAGUUGCAACAUCUCGUGCCGCAUCCUCCAUUUGCUGAGGGUGACGAAGUACUCCCGCGCCCGGAUGUUGACCGCUAUGUCUUUUGUGUUGUGUUAGAUGACCUCGGUGUUGUGCGACUAGGCGAUGACGCUGUGCAAACAGUACACGCAGGUGAAAUAUUUCUAGUGCCAUACCGCUCUUUCAGACCAUACGUGCUGGAGGGACGCGUGCGAUUGGUCUGA